AUGUAUCUUGAAGAUCGUACAGUUCGUCUGCAGUUAUGGGAUACAGCUGGGAAAGAUAGGUUUAGGAGACUCAUUCCAAGUUACAUAAGGGAUUCUUCAGUUGCUGUUAUCACAUAUGAUGUUUCAAGUGCAAAUAUACAAUCUUAUUUGAUGAAGAUCAAUCCAUUGCGACCACCUAUUGUUGUUCUUAUCACAUGCCAAUCUUAUAACUUUCUACUCUUCAUGAUUCCUAGAGGUGUUGGUUCCCCGAGUGUGAAGAUAGUUGUGGUUGGAACUGGUACAACAAGCAUAUUUGAUGAAGCUCAAUCCAUUGAUGUUGCAUUUGUCCCAUCAAAAGUGUUAUCCAUUACAACAACUGGGAAGGUUUUUGCUUCAGAGCUUCCAAAUCAUGGGAAUGAAAAUUGCACUGUUCUAUAUCCUGCUUCUGAAAAAGCUAGUCAUGACUUAGAAAAUGGCUUAUCUAAACGCGAAUUUCAUGUCACACGAUUAAAUACUUACACAAUGAGAUCUCUUUUUGAUAGUCAUGCAAAUGCAAACCCUGGGCAUAUAGUCCUAUUGGAAUUGGAAGUAUCCCAAGGCACAUUAACAUACAUAUUCAUGCUUGUGGUUCGAAUUGGACCUAAAGGUGGUUGCUGA